GAGGGGUUUCUGGGAUUUUAAGGAGCAAAGCGAUGAGUCUGAAGCGUCUGAUGGUCUAACGAAGCCAACGUUUUACGACUGUUUGGUCGGUAAAAAACUACAUUUCCCAGAUAUGUUUAAUCAUCACCAAAUGACUGUUUGCUCAUCCUCCACUGGAGUCAGGAUUGGCUUGCUGCUGCAUAUAGCAGACAGGUAUCGGCUAAUGAAGCAAUUAUCCCACCGGCAAACGGUAACUUUAUGAUGUGAGGACUCCUUCCUGUCAUCCUUGUUGGGAGUCAGCAUGGCGCACGAGGAGGACAAACACAGCCUGGAGGCGAAAUUUGCUGCUGCAGUUAGUGUGAUCCGGAGUUUGCCCGAAGAAGGUCCUUUCCAGCCGUCUGAUGAUAUGAUGCUGAUGUUCUAUAGUUAUUACAAGCAGGCCACCCUGGGGCCCUGCAACAUCCCCAGACCAAUGGGCUUCUGGGACACUCGAGGCAAAGCUAAAUGGGAUGCAUGGACCUCUUUGGGAAAUAUGACAAAGGAGGAAGCCAUGAAGAAUUAUGUUGAGGACAUCCAGCUGAUAUUGGAGACUAUCCCAAUGUCAGAAGAGGUGUCUGACCUGGUGCAAAAGCUUGGCUCCUUCUACGCAGAUGUGGAUGGAGAGGGAAGAAGAAAUGAAGAAAUUGAAGAGAACGAAGUGGACAGGAGACCCUUCACCAGGCCUUUUGCACAGCAUGCAGAUGAGCUGAUCAGACCCUUUAAGAAACCAACAAUGGAAGGCUUUGGGGAUCUGUGGGAUGAUGUUCAAAACCUCCAAGAACAUGACAAAGACAACAGUGUUCAUGGUGUAAGUGUCAGUAAUGAGGAGGCAGGGGGAAGCAAUGAAAAUAGUGAAAUGGACAGAAGUGAGGAAAGCAGUGAUUGGAGGAAAAGUGAGGAGGAGGAGGAGGAGGAGAAUGGGGAUGAAGAAGACAAUACAGAUGAUGAAGACAAAGAGAAGGAUAAAGGCUGGAGUCCUGACCCGAGGCUGCUGAUGGUGGAAGACAAGAGGGGGAGGUCUGACACCAGGGGGUCAAGCAGCAGCAUGGAACCCAGCAUGUCCUCCUUCACCAACGGGACACACAGCUCCCUCAACAGCGAGGUGGAGGAGGAGGAGCUGGCGUGCUCUGUGGAGUCCAGCGUGCAAUAUAACCCGUACAUGACCUUUAAUGGACACCUGACUGGUCGUAGUGAUCUUGUCCCUGAGAAGAACCUCCGCCGAUCCACAGACUCAGAUAAUGAGGAAUUCUGCGACUCAAUGGAGCAUCUGGCCAUGGACGAGGGACUGUGUUCGUCUAAAGUUCUGACACCUGGAUCAAGAGUUGCCUCAGUGAGGCAAAAGGAUCUUUGGUUUGAGAGCAACACUACUCUGAAUGGAGAAGAGGAUCAGAUACUCAUGGGAGAUCUCUACUUUAAAGAUGGGAUUAGUACAAUUCAACGCAACAGCUCUCUUUCAAGAAGAGGGAGAGUUUCAGGUGUUCAGUCACCGAGGGCAACCUGCAGCUCUCAGCGGUGUGUCAGUGUAGAUGCUGCCCGCUGUUGUGUGUCACAGAGCAGACAUGCUGCGAGUGCUGCCAGGGGAAACGUCAAUGAGCAAAUAGCUACAGCUCUGCUCAGGCUGCAGCACGAUAUGGCUGCUGUGCUGCACAGGCUGCAUGCUCUGGAGGUGCUAACCGUGUCACAGUCAAGAAAAUCUUCACCAAGACAGGAGGACCCUCUUACAGUAGCACAAAAGUUUAUGAGACCUUCCUGGUGGCCCUUUGACUUCUGUCCACUCACCGUGGUGUUGACGGCACUCUGGCCUUUGAUUUCCCAUUGGCUUGUCCAGCUGUAUUUACAACGAAGGAGAAGGAAGAUAACCUGAAUAGCCUGAAAUCCAUCAGCAAAGAACAUGAACCCGAGAUGAAAAUGUUGCACUUUGGUUGCUUUAUGGCUUUUUUAAGCCACAAUCAAUAUCAGUCGGGGUGUAAUGAGGCCCUGAUAGAAGUGGAAAAGGUUACCCUAGACACAUAGAUGGUCAGGAAGCUGUUUAAAGAGAGUUUCUGCUGUAAAGUGUAGCAUUUUGACUAAAGUGCACUAUUUAGAUGUUUUAAAAUGGCAAGAUUCAUGCUAGCACAAUUUCUUUGUUACAGUUAACUUAUAGAAUUAGGCGGUGAUCUUAUUUAUGAAAUGUGUCACUGAUCAAUAGAUAUUCAACAUAAAGAUAAUUAUAAUAACAUAAGUUGUUUAACAUAACCAACCGUUGUUAUUGUCAGUUAUUUUAUUUAUUGUACAUUUUAUUUUUAAUUAUGUUUUCUUUACUGUUUUUGUCAACGUAUUUUCUUGCAACUAGAAAUCAGCACCUUUUCUAUUUAUUGUCUGAUAUCUAGAAAGAUGUUAGCAGCUUUACUUUAAUGGUAUUUUAUGUUUGAAAGUGAUUUUUUUAUGACUGCAGUGCAAUAAUAGCAAAGAUAUCACUUUCACAUUUCAAAAAGUACUGGACAAUUUUAUUAUUUAUCCUUUUGUCUUUUUAGCUGUUUAGUGAAUUGAAAAAAGUAUCUCUUCUAUCUACUAUAUCAUGCUUUCAGACCUACAAAUGUAAAACAAA